AUGCAGGAACCAAACGUUUGGCUUAUCACGGGCACCACCUCGGGCAUAGGGGCUGCCCUCGUGGAACAGUUCGCCGCAAGGGGCGACAAGGUCAUUGCAACAGGUCGGAAUGCGACGGCGAGGCUCGCAGACAAGAAGUCGGACAACGUCGUACCUUUCGACCUCGAUGUAACCUCCCCGCUUGCAGAUGUCAAAGCCCAGGUGCAACAAGCUGUCGAGGUCUUUGGGCACAUCGACUUCGUUAUUAGCAAUGCCGGUUACUCUCUCCUGUCUUCAAUCGAAGAAGCGGACGAAGAAUUUGUUCAGAAAAUGUUCGACACCAACCUCUUUGGAGCAGUGAAGGUGGUUCAGGCAGCUCUUCCGCAUUUUCGUGAAAGAAAAUCAGGUACCUUUGGGUUUAUCGGUGCUGGAUUCGGCUGGGCAUCUUUUCCAUUCAUGGCUCAUUAUGGCAUGGCCAAAGGUGCACUCACAAUGUUUGUGGAGAGUCUCCAGAGGGAGACUGCUCAUCUCGGUAUCAAAGCCGUUAUCUUCGAGCCCGGUGGUGUCAAUACUGCCAUAAACGACAAGAAUGAAGACAAGCCUCAGUCUGAGGGACCUCCUCCUGGUUUCCCCACUAUUGCAGACUACCAAGGCCUGUAUGGUGAAGCUAUGGGAAAAAUCGCGACAGAAGUCUUCCCAAACCUCCCAUCAUCGGUGGACAAGCUACCGCCAGUCAUUUGGGAUGUGAUCAAAGGGCAGGGCUUAGCAGCCAACAAGGCGUUCCCAAUCAGGGUGCCGAUUGGAGUUGACUCCGUUGAGGUCAUCAGGCAAAAAUGUCAAGAGCAGCUCCGUCUUUGCGACGAAUGGGAGAAAGCUGCGUUGAGCACCGCUAGAGACGGAGUGACUCAGAUCCCGAACGAGUACAUGAUGAAGAAGCUCUCUAUUCUGGAUAUGACAAAUUCUUGA